AUGAAAACAAGAGAUGGUAGAGAUAAAGACAUUCAAGAUAAACAAGGAGUUGAAACGGAUUUCAAAAACAGAGAAGAGUCAUUUAAAGAUGCACCUACACCAAGCAACAACAUAAAAGGAAGUCAGCAGACACUAUUUCUGAGGGAAGAUGAAAAUAAGCAGAAGGCUAAAAUCACUGUUCACACAACAGAAGAGGAAAUGACAAGUAACAAAGAGCUCACGCCCGUAAGUGUUUGGUGUGGUUAUGAAACUACGUGAUCCUUUUAUAUACAGGGUGUCCCAAAAGUUUCGUUCCUCUAAUUUCAUGUGUUAUAACUUUUGAUCAAAACUUUAUUCUUUCAUGAAAUUUUAGAAGGUUUAAUAAUAUAACAUUAACUGUGUCAAUUUAGCCACACACAUCUUAUAAGUUACAUUUUCUAAUUAAUAGAUCCUGCAAUCUUCAGCUGAAAAUUCCCAUACCGUCAUGAAAACAACAGAUGGUAGAAAUAACGGCAUGCUAGAUAAAAGAGAAGUUGAAACUGAUGCCAAAGACAGAGAAGAGACAUUGAAAGAUACACCUAUAUCAAGGAACAGCAUAGAAGAAAGUGAGCAGACACUAUUUCCAAGGGAAGAUGGAAAUAAGCAGAAAGCUAAAAUCACUGUUCACACAAUAGAAGAGGCAAUGACAACCAACAAAGAGUGCACGCCCGUAAGUGUUUGGUGUGGUUAUGAUAAUGCAUGAUUCUUUUGUGUACUAGACUUUUUUGGCGCUUUAGUCAUGUUCUUGCUUCCCUGUACUCUUGACUAAUAUAUUGGAUCAGAGGUCCUAAGUUAGGAAAACGUCGCUUUAUAAAAAUUGAAUUCGAAUUGCUUCAAACUUUAUUGCACUUAUUCCAACCGAACUAUUUCAUUUUUUCAUAUGUUGGCAAACUUCUCUGGGGUUUAAUUCGAAAAGACUGUAUCGAAGUUCAGGAAAAGAAAAACAAAGUCGUUGUCUUGUGUUGACGUUUUGGCAAAAAACGUGAGCUUAGGCCACAUUUUAAUUUCGCGGUACUGCAGUGACGGCAAAGAAAUGUACAAAAAAGCGUGAUCAAGGGCAAAGUUUUUUUUUGUCAAUCUCAGGCUAUUAGUGUUGCUUUUUUCGAGUUCUCGUUCCCGUUACUGUCGUCGUCGUCGUCGUUGCUCAAGCUCUCUUUUGUUUACAAAAGAGUUUGCUUUGUAAAGGAGGUUAACAAGACAAACAAACACCGGAAAUUAGGCUCUUCGUCACGUCGAUGUUGUUGCAAUGUACAAAAAACCGUGAUGUACGUGCUAAGUUGUUGUUUUGCCAAUCUAAGGCCCUGUCUACACUAAUGCGUUUUGAAAAGUAUGCCUUUUUGUUGUCAUCGACAACGCGUCGAUUGAUUUGCAUCCACACUACUGUUUUGAUGCGUUUUCGACUGUCCAUAUUAAGAAGUUCGAAAACGACAGAGUUGCACUUUGAGAACUAACUUGAACAAUGUGCGCAUCCUACAAUCACACGCCUGCCAUAUUUCGUCUUUCUCUGAAGGCGUAGUCUAAUUUUUCUUCCAGGACCCUAAAAAGGGAUUUCUUAAGUUAAAUUCGGCUACAGGAGAAGAGAGUGGCAGAUACGCGCUGACUCAGACCAGAAGAAUCAUCACAAAUUUAGGAGAACAAGUUAGUUCCUCUACUAAUGACGAGGAAAUAUUCUGAAUUUCUUAUCAGCUUCUAUAUAGAGUACUUUGAAUAUAGACCAGAUUCGAGUAACAUACUGAGGCCUAACGAAUCAAGUUAGACGUAGAACAGGCCAACUGAAUUCCUUUCUUAACUUUGUUAACCAAGUUCGAUCGCUUCAGAUAUUUAAUUCAGCAUUGGCAAAAUAAUUCACAGAAAUAAGUGCCUCCUUUCCAGAAUGUUUUGGUACUAUUGUUUAACCUGAGAUGUUAAAAGGAAGCGUAAUAAUACAUCAUAAACUGUGUCAAUUUAGCCACACACAUUUAAUAACUUACAUUUCUUAAUCAACAGACCCUACAAUCUGCAGCUGAAAAUCUUCAAACCGUCAUGAAAACAACAGAUGGUAGAGAUAAAGACAUUCUAGAUAAACAAGAAGUUGAAACGGAUUUCAAAUACAGAGAAGAGUCAUUUAAAGAUGCACCUACACCAAGCAACAACAUAAAAGGAAGUCAGCAGGCACCAUUUCUGAGGGAAGAUGAAAAUAAGCAGAAGGCUGAAAUCACUGUUCACACAACAGAAGAGGCAAUGACAACUAACAAAGAGCGCACGCCCGUAAGUAUUUGGUGUGGUUAUGAAACUACGUGAUCCUUUUAAAUACAGGGUGCCCCAAAAGUUUCGUUCCUCUAAUUUCAUGUGUUAAAACUUUUGAUCAAAACUUUUUUCUUGCAUGAAAUUUUAGAAGGUUUAAUAAUAUAACAUUAACUGUGUCAAUUUAGCCACACACAUUUUAUAACUUACAUUUUCUAAUUAAUAGAUCCUGCAAUCUUCAGCUGAAAAUUUCCAAACCGUCAUGAAAACAACAGAUGGUAGAAAUAACGAAAUUCUAAAUAAACAAGGAGUUGAAACUGAUGCCAAAGACAGAGAAGAGACAUUAAAAGAUGCUCCUAUAUCAAGGAACAGCAUAAAAGAAAGUCAGCAGACACUAUUUCCGAGGGAAGAUGAAAAUAAGCAGAAGGCUAAAAUCACUGUUUGCACAAUAGAAGUGGCAAUGACAACCAACGAAGAGGGCACGCCCGUAAGUGUUUGGUGUGGUUUUGAUAAUGCAUGAAUUUUUUGUGUACUAGACUUUUUUGGCGCUUUAGUCAUGUUCUCGCUUCCCUUUACUCGUGACUGAUAUAUUGGAUCAGAGGUCCUAAGUUAGGAAAACGUCGCUUUAUAAACAUUGAAUUCGAAUUGCUUCAAACUUUAUUGCACUUAUUCCAACCGAACUAUUUCAUUUUUUCAUAUGUUGGCAAACUUCUCUGGGGUUUAAUUCGAAAAGACUGUAUCGAAGUUCAGUAAAAGAAAAACAAAGUCGUUGUCUUGUGUUGACGUUUUGGCAAAAAAACGUAAACUUAGGCCACAUUUUAAUUUCGCGGUAUUGCAGUGACGGCAAAGAAAUGUACAAAAAAGCGUGAUCAAGUGCAAAGUUGUUUUUUGUCAAUCUCAGGCUAUUAGUGUUGCUUUUUUCGAGUUCUCGUUGCCGUUCCUGUCGUCGUCGUCGUAGUUGCUCAAGCUUCCUAUUUUUUUUUUACAAAAGAGUUCGCUUUGUAAAGGAGGUUAACAAGACAAAUACUUUCUCGUUCACGUCAUUUACAAAACCCCGGAAAUUGGGCUCUUAGUGACGUCGAUGUUGUUGCAAUGUACAAAAAACCGUGAUGUACGUGUUAAGUUUUUGUUUUGCUAAUCUAAGGCCCUGUCCACACUAAUGCGUUUUCAAAAGUAUGCCUUUUUGUUGUCUUCGACAACUUAACGCGUCGAUUGAUUUGCGUCCACACUACUGUUUUGAUGCGUUUUCGACUGUCCAUAUUAAGAAGUUUGAAAACGACAGAGUUGCACUUUGAGAACUAACUUGAACAAUGUGAGCAUCCUACAAUCACACGCCUGCAAUAUUUCAUUUGUCUCUGAAGGCGUGUUCUAAUUUUUCUUUCCUGACCCUAAAGAGGGCUUUCUUAAGUUAAAUUCGGCUUCAGGAGAGGAGAGUGGCAGAUACUCGGUGAUUCAGAUUAGAAGAAUCAUCACAAAUUUAGGAGCGCAAGUUUGUUACACUACUAAUGAGGAGGAAAUAUUCUAAAUUUCUUAUCAGCUCUCUAUAUAGACCAGAUUCAAGUAACAUACUAAGGCUUAACGAAUCACGUUAGACGUAGAACAGGCCAACUGAAAUUCCUUUGGUAACUUCGUUAUCCAAGUUCAAUCCUUUUGAUAUUUAAUUCAGGAUUGUGAAAAGAAUUCACAGAAACAUGUGCCUCUGCUUGUGACUGGAAUAAAAAAAGCAGGUCCUCUUUUCCAGAAUGUUUUGGUACUAUUGUUUAACCUGAGAUGUCCAAAGGAAGCGUAAUAAUACAGCAUAAACUGUGUCAAUUUAGCCACACAUAUUCAAUAACUUAAAUUUUUUAAAUUACAGACCCUACAAUCCUCAGCUGAAAAUCUUCAAACCGUCAUGAAAACAACAGAUGGUAGAGAUGAAGACAUUCUAGAUAAACAAGGAUUUGAAACGGAUGGCAAAGACAGAGAAGAGACAUUGAAAGAUGCUCCUACACCAAGUAACAACAUAGAAGGAAGUCAGCAGUCACUAUUUCUGAGGGAAGAUGAAAAUAAGCAGAUGGCUAAAAUCACUGUUCACACAACAGAAAAGGCAAUGACAACUAACAAAGAGCGCACGCCCGUACGUGUUUGGUGUGGUUAUAUGAUAAUGCGUGAUCCUCUUUUAUACUAGACUUUUUUUCCUCGCUUAGAUGUUUGAAGGAAGAGUAAUAAUUUAACAUUAACUGUGUCAAUUUAGCCACACACAUUUUAUAACUGACAUUUUGUAAUCAACAGACCCUACAAUCUUCAGCUGAAAAUUACCAAACCGUCAUGAAAACAACAGAUGGUAGAGAUAAAGACAUUCAAGAUAAACAAGGAGUUGAAACAGAUUUCAAAUGCAGAGAAGAGUCACUGAAAGAUGCACCAACACCAAGCAACAACAUAAAAGGAAGUCAGCAGACACUAUUUCUGAGGGAAGAUGAAAACAAGCAGGAAGCUAAAAUUACUGUUCACACAACAGAAGAGGCAAUGGCAACUAACAAAGAGCGACCGGCCGUAAGUAUUUGGUGUGCUUAUGAUAAUGCGAGUUUUUUGGCGCUUUAGUCAUGUUGUUACUCCCCUUUAGUUUUGACUGGUAUCUUGGCUUAGACGUCCUAACUUAGCAAUAGUGAGCUUAGGCAAGAAAUACAGCAUUAGUUACGAAAACGCCACUUCAUUAAAAGUGAAAUCAAUUUGCUUCAAACUUUAACGCACUUAUUCCAACCAAACUCCUUCAUUUCGUCAAAAGUUGGCAAAUUUGUUCUGGGGUUUAAUUCUAAAAGACUUGGUUCAAGUUCGGGAAAAGAAAAAGAAAGUCGUUUCUUGUGUGUUCACGUUUUCCGCAAAGCGUGAACUUAGGCCGCAUUUUCACGUCGCAGUCUUGCAGUGAUGCCAAAAAAAAAUGUACAAAAAGCGUGAUGCACGUGGAAAGACGUUUUUUUGCCAAUCUAAGCCUAUUAGUAUUGCUUUUUUACCGUUCUCGUUGUCGUUACUGGCGUCGUCGUCGUUGCUUCAGCUCCCUAUUGUUCAUAAACGUGUUUGCUUUGUAAAUGACGUUAACAAGACAACUACUUUCUUUCGUCUGGUUGACGUCUUUCACAAAAACGUAAUUAAACCUUGAAAUUAGACGCUUAGUCACGUCGUUGUUGUUGCAAUGUACAAAAAACCGUGAUGUAGAGUAUUAACAGCCGCAAAGGGAAAUAAAACCGAACGCUUUAUUCGUUCAUCUGCUCUGCUCGACAACAAGUCAACUCACUCAGUCUACGCCCGCUCACACUGUUCAGUUCCCUUAUGUCCUGCGCGUACAACCGCUGUACGCUAUGCACUACAACCUCUGUACACUACAUUCUCUCUUCACUCGUACAUGCACUUACAUCAAUGAAAAUUACGCAAACAAUAUAUUUACUUUCAACUUAAACAAUCUUAGAAUACAAAAAUGCAAUCAACCAAGUCCUUGCCGAAUAGCAAUAUAAAUAAAGCUGAGUUCAAUGGAAAGACUGAAUCUUUCGAAAAAACUAGACUUAAUACAAAACAUAAUCGCUCCAAGUUUUUUGUCGUUCGGUAACCCUUCCAGAUCUCUUUAGAGGGGGUAACCCUUACAGAUCUCCUUAGAGGGGGUGGCUGCUCAGCACCCGAGACUGGGACCUUAGGGGGUAUUUCCACUGCUGCUGGCGGUAAAGACGUCCUUGGAAUCUCUGCUUGUGCUGUUGUUGUAAUAGGUGUCCCCGACUUUGGUGUCAUAGCUUGUGUAGCUGACGCAGACCCAGCUGUUGCAGACGCAGAUCCAAGCUCUGACUGUGAAGCCGCCCUUUUAUGGUCUGGAAUGUUAAAAGGUUUAAUAUGGUGCAUAUUUCUCCUGUACUCGCCUCUGUUUGACGACAUCAACACAACUUGAUCCCCGUACCAAGCCAUUACCUCAUAUGGCUCCUUCUCAUACGACGAGGAUAACUUGUUUUCUCUCUUCUGUUCCAACAGAACCCAGUCUCCCUCUCGCACGUCUCGCUCUCUUGCAUGGAACGUUUUGUCAACAUACUCCUUGUUUGCCUUCUUUUUUUGGGUGUCACGGUCUCUGGCUUCUUGGUCAGUUGUGUCUGCGUCCUCAUCAUCUAAACCCAUAAGCUCAGACGUUUUACUGUUUAGUACUCUUCUAAAGAGCAACUCUGCCGGACUCUUCCCCGUUUUCGAGUAGGGUGUGCACCUGUAUGCUAAGAGAAACUUGUUUAAUUCUUCCCUCCAAUUUUUUCCCUCCGUGUGGGCUACUCUAGUAGCUUUCAAUGGAGUCCUAUUCUGCCUUUCCACCUCACCAUUGGCCCUUGGCCACAGAGAGGUUGUAUGUUGGUGUUCAACUCCCAUUUCUUUUAGAUUAUCCUCAAUCUCGUUGGCUACUAAAUUUGGGCUUUUGACAAUCCGCAAACUCUUGGGUAUUCCAUAUCUCGCAAACUGAGCAAUUAGACGCUGAAUAAUUAUCUUGCUCGUGGUUGCCCUGACAACGUCAACCUCUAUCCACCUGCUGUGAUAAUCCACCAGGCCUGGCAGAUUCUCCCCUGACGGAAGUGGACCCAAUAUAUCCAUAGCUAAAUCUUCUCAUGGUCGCUGAGGCAUAGGAGUAGGUUUCGCCGAAAUGGCACGUGCAAACUUCUUGUUUUGUUCAUCUAAGGCCCUGUCCACACUACUCCGUUUUCAAAAAAGUAUGCGUUUCGUUGUCAUCGACAACACAUCGAUUGAUUUGCGUCCACACUACCGUUUUGAUGCGUUUUCGACUGUCCAUAUUAGGGACUUUAAGAUCCAACGACUCCGACGACAACGAAAACGUAAACAAACCAAAAGGUUCAAUAAGCAAUGACAACAACUUUGCACGUGCAUCACGCUUUUUUGUGCAUUUCUUUCCCGUUUUUGCACGACUACCACGUUGAAAUCGCUAAUUUCGCUUUUUAUGGAGGAAAUAAACAAACAACGACGAACUUUUAUUUCUCUUUUUCAACUUAGAGAUACUCCUCAGGAAUUCAAUCCCAGGGGGGUUCGCCUACAUUUGACAAAGUAAGUGGAUAGGAAUAAUUGCGAUAAAGACUGAAAGAACGCAAAUUCACUUUUUAAGCGUCGUUCUCGUUGCUGUUGCGUCGUUGAAUCUUAAAGUCCCUAUUAAGAAGUUAGGAAACAAUAGAGUUGCACGUUGAGAAGUAAGUUAACCAUGUGCGCAUCCUACAAUCACGCGCCUGCGAUAUUUCGUCUGUCUCUAAAAGCGUGUUCUAAUUUUACCUUUAGGAUCCUAAAGAGGACUUCCUUAAGUUAAAAUCGCUUUCAGGAGAAGAAAGUGGCAGAGACACGUUGACUCAGACCAGAAGAAUCAUCACAAAUUCGGGAGGACAAGUUAGUUCCACUAAUAAUGUCGAGGAAAUAUCUGACUUUGUUAUUAACUUCUUCCUAAACCAUAUUCGCGCUUUAUUAACGCCCUUAAGAAGAAAAACACUAAUAAUACAUUAAAUUAUUCAGAGUAACAAACUGAGGCCUAAAAAAUCAAGUUAGACGUAGAACAGGCCAACUAAAUUCCUUUGUUAACUUCGUUAACCAAGUUCGAUCCCAUCUAAUUUAGCAUUGUAAAAAGAAUUCACAGAAACAUGAGCCUCUACUUGUGACUAGAAUAAAAAGCAGGUAUUCCUUUCCAGAAUGUUUUUCAUCGGCCCUAGCUAGUUUAAGUGAGAAGUUUAAAGGAAGCGUAAUAAUACAGCAUAAACUGUGUCAAUUUAGCCACACACAUUUAGUAACUUACAUUUUUUUAAUUAACAGAGCCUACAAUCUUCAGCUGAGUAUUCCGAAACCGUCAUGAAAACAAGAGAUGGUAGAGAUAAAGACAUUCAAGAUAAACAAGGAGUUGAAACGGAUUUCAAAUACAGAGAAGAGUCAUUUAAAGAUGCACCUACACCAAGCAACAACAUAAAAGGAAGUCAGAAGACACUAUUUCUGAGGGAAGAUGAAAAUCAGCAGAAGGCUAAAAUCACUGUUCACACAACAGAAGAGGAAAUGACAAGUAACAAAGAGCUCACGCCCGUAAGUGUUUGGUGUGGUUAUGAAACUACGUGAUCCUUUUAUAUACAGGGUGUCCCAAAAGUUUCGUUCCUCUAAUUUCAUGUGUUAUAACUUUUGAUCAAAACUUUAUUCUUUCAUGAAAUUUUAGAAGGUUUAAUAAUAUAACAUUAACUGCGUCAAUUUAGCCACACGCAUUUUAUAACUUACAUUUUCUAAUUAAUAGAUCCCGCAAUCUUCAGCUGAAAAUUCCCAUACCGUCAUGAAAACAACAGAUGGUAGAAAUAACGGCAUGCUAGAUAAAAACGAAGUUGAAACUGAUGCCAAAGACAGACAAGAGACAUUGAAAGAUACACCUAUAUCAAGGAACAGCAUAGAAGAAAGUGAGCAGACACUAUUUCCAAGGGAAGAUGGAAAUAAGCAGAAAGCUAAAAUCACUGUUCACACAAUAGAAGAGGCAAUGACAACCAACAAAGAGUGCACGCCCGUAAGUGUUUGGUGUGGUUAUGAUAAUGAAUGAUUCUUUUGUGUACUAGACUUUUUUGGCGCUUUAGUCAUGUUCUUGCUUCCCUGUACUCUUGACUAAUAUAUUGGAUCAGAGGUCCUAAGUCAGGAAAACGUCGCUUUAUAAAAAUUGAAUUCGAAUUGCUUCAAACUUUAUUGCACUUAUUCCAACCGAACUAUUUCAUUUUUUCAUAUGUUGGCAAACUUCUCUGGGGUUUAAUUCGAAAAGACUGUAUCGAAGUUCAGUAAAAGAAAAACAAAGUCGUUGUCUUGUGUUGACGUUUUGGCAAAAAACGUGAGCUUAGGCCGCAUUUUAAUUUCGCGGUAUUGCAGUGACGGCAAAGAAAUGUACAAAAAAGCGUGAUCAAGGGCAAAGUUUUUUUUUUUGUCAAUCUCAGGCUAUUAGUGUUGCUUUUUUCGAGUUCUCGUUCCCGUUACUGUCGUCGUCGUCGUCGUUGCUCAAGUUCUCUUUUGUUUACAAAAGAGUUUGCUUUGUAAAGGAGGUUAACAAGACAAACAAACACCGGAAAUUAGGCUCUUCGUCACGUCGAUGUUGUUGCAAUGUACAAAAAACCGUGAUGUACGUGCUAAGUUGUUGUUUUGCCAAUCUAAGGCCCUGUCUACACUAAUGCGUUUUGAAAAGUAUGCCUUUUUGUUGUCAUCGACAACGCGUCGAUUAAUUUGCAUGCACACUACUGUUUUGAUGCGUUUUCGACUGUCCAUAUUAAGAAGUUCGAAAACUACAGAGUUGCACUUUGAGAACUAACUUGAUCAAUGUGCGCAUCCUACAAUCACACGCCUGCCAUAUUUCGUCUUUCUCUGAAGGCGUAGUCUAAUUUUUCCUCCAGGACCCUAAAAAGGGAUUUCUUAAGUUAAAUUCGGCUACAGGAGAAGAGAGUGGCAGAUACGCGCUGACUCAGACCAGAAGAAUCAUCACAAAUUUAGGAGAACAAGUUAGUUCCUCUACUAAUGACGAGGAAAUAUUCUGAAUUUCUUAUCAGCUUCUAUAUAGAGUACUUUGAAUAUAGACCAGAUUCGAGUAACAUACUGAGGCCUAACGAAUCAAGUUAGACGUAGAACAGGCCAACUGAAUUCCUUUCUUAACUUUGUUGACCAAGUUCGAUCGCUUCAGAUAUUUAAUUCAGCAUUGGCAAAAUGUAUAAUUCACAGAAAUAAGUGCCUCUGCCUGUGACUGGAAUAGAAAGCUGGUCCUCCUUUCUAGAAUGUUUUGGUACUAUUGUUUAACCUGAGAUGUUAAAAGGAAGUGUAAUAAUACAUCAUAAACUGUGUCAAUUUAGCCACACACAUUUAAUAACUUACAUUUCUUAAUCAACAGACCCUACAAUCUUCAGCUGAAAAUCUUCAAACCGUCAUGAAAACAACAGAUGGUAGAGAUAAAGACAUUCUAGAUAAACAAGAAGUUGAAACGGAUUUCAAAUACAGAGAAGAGUCAUUUAAAGAUGCACCUACACCAAGCAACAACAUAAAAGGAAGUCAGCAGACACCAUUUCUGAGGGAAGAUGAAAAUAAGCAGAAGGCUAAAAUCACUGUUCACACAACAGAAGAGGCAAUGACAACUAACAAAGAGCGCACGCCCGUAAGUAUUUGGUGUGGUUAUGAAACUACGUGAUCCUUUUAAAUACAGGGUGCCCCAAAAGUUUCGUUCCUCUAAUUUCAUGUGUUAUAACUUUUGAUCAAAACUUUAUUCUUGCAUGAAAAUUUAGAAGGUUUAAUAAUAUAACAUUAACUGUGUCAAUUUAGCCACACACAUUUUAUAACUUACAUUUUCUAAUUAAUAGAUCCUGCAAUCUUCAGCUGAAAAUUUCCAAACCGUCAUGAAAACAACAGAUGGUAGAAAUAACGAAAUUCUAAAUAAACAAGGAGUUGAAACUGAUGCCAAAGACAGAGAAGAGACAUUAAAAGAUGCUCCUAUAUCAAGGAACAGCAUAAAAGAAAGUCAGCAGACACUAUUUCCGAGGGAAGAUGAAAAUAAGCAGAAGGCUAAAAUCACUGUUUGCACAAUAGAAGUGGCAAUGACAACCAACGAAGAGGGCACGCCCGUAAGUGUUUGGUGUGGUUUUGAUAAUGCAGAUUCUUUUGUGUACUAGACUUUUUUGGCGCUUUAGUCAUGUUCUUGCUUCCCUUUACUCGUGACUGAUAUAUUGGAUCAGAGGUCCUAAGUUAGGAAAAAGUCGCUUUAUAAACAUUGAAUUCGAAUUGCUUCAAACUUUAUUGCACUUAUUCCAACCGAACUAUUUCAUUUUUUCAUAUGUUGGCAAACUUCUCUGGGGUUUAAUUCGAAAAGAGUGUAUCGAAGGCAGUAAAAGAAAAACAAAGUCGUUGUCUUGUGUUGACGUUUUGGCAAAAAAACGUGAACUUAGGCCGCAUUUUAAUUUCGCGGUAUUGCAGUGACGGCAAAGAAAUGUACAAAAAAGCGUGAUCAAGUGCAAAGUUGUUUUUUGUCAGUCUCAGGCUAUUAGUGUUGCUUUUUUCGAGUUCUCGUUGCCGUUCCUGUCGUCGUCGUCGUAGUUGCUCAAGCUUCCUAUUCUUUACAAAAGAGUUCGCUUUGUAAAGGAGGUUAACAAGACAAAUACUUUCUUGUUCACGUCAUUUACAAAACCCCGGAAAUUGGGCUCUUAGUCACGUCGAUGUUGUUGCAAUGUACAAAAAACCGUGAUGUACGUGUUAAGUUUUUGUUUUGCUAAUCUAAGGCCCUGUCCACACUAAUGCGUUUUCAAAAGUACGCCUUUUUGUUGUCUUCGACAACUUAACGCGUCGAUUGAUUUGCGUCCACACUACUGUUUUGAUGCGUUUUCGACUGUCCAUAUUAAGAAGUUUGAAAACGACAGAGUUGCACUUUGAGAACUAACUUGAACAAUGUGAGCAUCCCACAAUCACACGCCUGCCAUAUUUCAUUUGUCUCUGAAGGCGUGUUCUAAUUUUUCUUUCCUGACCCUAAAGAGGGCUUUCUUAAGUUAAAUUCGGCUUCAGGAGAGGAGAGUGGCAGAUACUCGGUGAUUCAGAUUAGAAGAAUCAUCACAAAUUUAGGAGCGCAAGUUUGUUACACUACUAAUGAGGAGGAAAUAUUCUAAAUUUCUUAUCAGCUCUCUAUAUAGACCAGAUUCAAGUAACAUACUAAGGCUUAACGAAUCACGUUAGACGUAGAACAGGCCAACUGAAAUUCCUUUGGUAACUUCGUUAUCCAAGUUCAAUCCUUUUGAUAUUUAAUUCAGGAUUGUGAAAAGAAUUCACAGAAACAUGUGCCUCUGCUUGUGACUGGAAUAAAAAGCAGGUCCUCUUUUCCAGAAUGUUUUGGUACUAUUGUUUAACCUGAGAUGUCCAAAGGAAGCGUAAUAAUACAGCAUAAACUGUGUCAAUUUAGCCACACAUAUUCAAUAACUUAAAUUUUUUAAAUUACAGACCCUACAAUCCUCAGCUGAAAAUCUUCAAACCGUCAUGAAAACAACAGAUGGUAGAGAUGAAGACAUUCUAGAUAAACAAGGAUUUGAAACGGAUGGCAAAGACAGAGAAGAGACAUUGAAAGAUGCUCCUACACCAAGUAACAACAUAGAAGGAAGUCAGCAGUCACUAUUUCUGAGGGAAGAUGAAAAUAAGCAGAUGGCUAAGAUCACUGUUCACACAACAGAAGAGGCAAUGACAACUAACAAAGAGCGCACGCCCGUACGUGUUUGGUGUGGUUAUCAUAAUGCGUGAUCCUCUUUUACACUAGACUUUUUUGGCGCUUAGAUGUUUGAAGGAAGAGUAAUAAUUUAACAUUAACUGUGUCAAUUUAGCCACACACAUUUUAUAACUGACAUUUUGUAA